AUGUCGUUAUUUGGUGGUAGCGCCCCGCCAUCUCGCUCCUCUUACGAAUCCGAUACCUCGUCGCCGUCUUCUUCUGUGCGCUCGUCGCCGUCAGUUGAGGAGAUUCCAAACCCGCGCGACGCGCAAGAAGCACCAAAACCCGACAUACCGAUCUCGUUGAAUAUAGACGACGACCUCGAUACCAAUAGCGAUUCGGUACGGGACGAGUCUGAAGACGAGGACAACGACGAACCGGCGCGCCCGAACCGCUUUCUCGGACAACCCCAAGCAUGGCAGAGCUACACCGAGGCCGAUCGCCAGAUAGCAGAGUCACUCGGUCAGAUCCAGGACUCCGAUCUUGCAGCACAUCUGUACAAUGCGCAUGCGCUCAAGAGACGAUUACGACGAUCUGUGGAAGCCACGGCGCAGUGCAAGAAUUGGCAGAGUAAGGACAGCUGGCUGAAGACUGGAAGGGAUCUUGAAUAUACGGAUGCAGCAGGCUUCGUGCAAACAGCAUUGGUGCCUUCCAGAGAGUGGACAGCAUGGCCACUGCCUCCACCACAGCUCUCGGACUUGAACGACCAGCUGGGCGAUGACAUGGUGGGCGACCAAGUCGGCAAAUGGACUACUGAAGGCGCAAGCACACAAGAGGUAGGAGACGAACUCCGCGAAGAACUCCAGGCUGUGUUCUUACGGCUAGCUAAAGAGAGGUGGAACUCGCGGGAAGCGGCCUCGUCUGAAUCCGAUACUGGCGGUCACACAACAGUUUCACGAAGCAGGUCACGAUCUCAAAGCGCCAAUCCUGCCAAGUCGCGCUCUACGUCCAUAGUUACACUUAUGCCAGAGGAUGAAGACGAGGCACAAGACCACAGCAAUGACGAUGGACACGAUCGCGCGACUGGAAAGAAACGUGGCAGGAAACCUCGCAUUGAGAGACACACAGAGCCGACUUUGUUAGCGGACGACGCGAGAGCUCAGCGGCUUCUACAGCCAACGAUCCAGACCAUGAUGGAAAAGCUAGACGAGCUUGCAUUGGCUAUUCGUCGAACCCGUACCAACCAUUUCGGCCGUGGCGGGUCAGCCGAUUCCUCCAUGAGCGAGUUCACAUCGGGGGCAGAGUCGAGUGGACCUGCGUCGAGGUCUACGUCAAGAGCCAGAUCGAAGAGUGCAACAAGUCGCGGAUCAAGCAACCGACCUUCUUCACGUGCAAAGUCGGCGCGGACUAGUCGCACAGCACGACAAGGAAAAAAGACUACCACAGAUAGAAGAAAGCCCGUUGAUAGUGAUGUUACCUCAAGCGGCGCAUCUGACUGGGAGGCGUCCAAUACUAUAACUCGCGAACGGAAACGUCGAAGAUCCUCAAGCAGCAUGAGUGGUAGUGAUGCUUCGGAAACACAAGAACCGCUGCUAAGGGAAGGGCUUUUAGAUUGGAGCGAAGUACUUGGGCUAGCGGCUAUUCAGGGCUGGGAUAAAGGGGCUGUUGCACGUACGGCUCAGCGCUGUGCAGCUCUGUUCGGCGAGGGCAUGUCGUUUAUGCCCUUCCAUGAAGCUCUCGCCCUAAAGCCUGCUACCGAGCCUGUGUCGUAUACACCUUCAGUCAUACUGCCGCCAAACAUGCCCUCAAUCUCGCAUCCUCCAACACCUAAGCGUCCCUUCUUCCAGACUGGCACACUGCGUUGCCCACAUGUAGAUUGUUAUGGCCACGAUAAAGACUUCGCUCUGCCCUAUCGCGUGGUCGAGCACUGCAUACGAGUCCACGGCUACGACCCCAGAACGAACGACUCUGACAACGAAGAACGAACGGUUGGUGGUGUGCACAUCGACGGGUUCCUACAACCUGUUACGGCGAAGCCGGGAUGGUUGGGGAAUGGGCGGACAAAGGCUGGCAGGGCGAGCAAGACGCAAAGGAGAGCACAGAGUGGUAGCCGAGCGGCAUCGGAAGCUGCAGUGAGCACGGAGGAGUGA